AUGCCCCAGCCCGCGCUCGACGUUUCCCCUAAUCUUAAGCUGCAAGCCUUUGGCAAUGAAUCCGAAAAGGUUAUAUCUAGCCUCAAGCCAGCCUUUGAUGAUUUAAAUGAUCCAUCCAUCCCAGAAGUGCGUCAUUGGAAAGAUUUGGGUGAUUUCUUAGAGACAUUACAGCAAGUACCUCGCGAUCCUCAGAAUCCCCUCAAUUCACGUAAUCCUUUGAGCCAGCCUUUGAUGUAUAGGAUCUGUAACCACUGUGAUAAUCCCAUUCUCGAAAGCUGUAUGGCUGAUCAUCUUAAAUCGUGUGCCGAGCUUCAGAAGAAGAAGAAAGAAGCUGCUGAAAAGACGAAAACGGUCGAUUUAACAGCUGUUGUUCAUUUGUCGUCUGAAACUGGAUCCUCGAACGGUGCAACGGACGAUGAUGAUGUUUCCAAUAAUGUCAACGGUAAAAAUGGCAGAGGCCGUUCUAGUGAUGCCGAUGUGAUGCGUAAAACUGGUCAUAAGCAUCAUAUUGGUUCAAAUCGUGCUACACCAUCCCCAUCUGUUUAUCAUGUUUCUGGAUCCAAGAAAAAGAGCAUACUCAAUGGUUCUGAUGGUUCCAGCAGCCAUCCUCAUAAAAGACAGAAAAAGGUCAAAAAAACGAAAAGGCCCAAAUCUUCCCGCUCGAAAGGUCCAGUUGAUGUUGAGAGACAGUGUGGUGUUCCCUUACCCAAUGGAGGGUUUUGUGCAAGAUCUCUCACCUGUAAGACGCAUUCCAUGGGAGCUAAACGAGGUGUUCCUGGUCGUUCAGCUCCCUAUGAUGAACUAUUAGCGGCUUACCAGAGGAAAAACCAGGCUAAGAUUGGAGCAGCCGCCGCUGCUGCUCAGCAGGCCCGGGAUGAUUUUGUUCAUGGGGCCAAUAUGCCUAUUGAUGAUGAAGAGGAAACUCACGAGGUACUCGAAGGUGUCAGUAAGUCGACUCCCUGGCCAUUGGAAAGAAAGGUAUUGUUGCCCACUCGUAUGAGAACAGGUUUUUUGCGGAUGAGGGAGAUGUUUGCUGCCGCCAUUGUUCCUCAUGUUUCUAAUAAUCCUCUCGGUCCUAUUCAAGGUCGUGCAGCGAUUGUUGACAUUGAGAAGACUGCUGAUUAUGUAUAUCCUGUGCGCGUACAGAGAGCUAGAAUGCAAGCCAGAAAGCUUGAUGUGCAGAGGCGCCAGCAGCAGCAGCAGCAGCAAAAGCAGCAACAACAGAAUCGGCUGCAACAACCACAGCAACAGCUACAGCCACAACAGCAGCAUCGUCUUCAACAACAACAACAACAACAACAACAACAGUCACAACAACAGCAGCAAUUAUCACAAGGAGAAUCUUCGAAUAAGGUGCACCCAACAUUGCCUCAAAAGUUACCACAGCAGGCUAUGGCACAACAGAUUUCAGUAAGAAGCAGCCAGAUGGCGCGCCCAGUGUCGCAGCAAUCGCUUCAGCAAUCAUUUCAACAGCAGAGAGCACAACAGAGGAUUCAGCAGUCCAUGUCAGGCCUUGGAUCUUCAAAUCCAAUCACUCACCAAAGUCCUACAUCUUUGGUUGCCAGUAUUGUGGCCGGUAAUCGUGAAGUUGGUUCCCCUGCUGCACAAUCGCAACCACAGUCUCCACAGGUACAAGGAUUUCGGCAAAUGCAACAGGCUCAGAAGAUGCAGCAGGCUCAGAUGCAGAAGCUGCAAGCACAACAGAAGCUUCAGAGUCAGCAGAAAGUAUUUCUUCAGCAGAAGAUUCUUCAACAGCGGCAACAGCAACUGCAACGGCAGCAGCAACAACAACUGCAGCAACAACAAUUGCAGCAACAGCAACAGCAGCAACAGCAGCAACAACAACUGCAGCAACAGCAACAACAGCAGCAGCCCCAACAAACUCAAGAACAACAACUGCAACAGCAGCAGCGUCGUCAACAACAACAACAGAGACUUGCUACAUUGGCUACUGCCAAUGGCUUGACACAGCAGCAGAUGCUUUCACGUCUUCAGCAACAGCAGCAGCGUGCCAGACUUAUUCAAUCUAAAUUGCAGAGCAUGACUCCUCAACAAAGACAGUUUAUUGUUCAGCAGCAGCAGAGGCGUCAACAGUUAAUGCAACGUCGCCAAGCACAGCGUUUCGCCUCUAAAAACAAUGCUAUUCAGGCUGCUGCAAAUGGCCUGCUCAUGGAAACCCAACAGCAGCCCCAGCAGCAGCAGACUCAGCAACGAACGUCACAGUCACAACCUAGCCAGCAGAUUCAAUCGUCUACUCCUCAGCAAUUAUCGCAGACUCCAGGUCAGCCGGGAACUCCACAAAGCCCCGUGAUGAAUCAGUUCAAUAAUAUGUUCAAUGGAAACUCGAUGAGAUAUUGA